AUGGCGCUUGAGAAUGCGAAGCUUGCGCUCUUGACCAACUUCACUGCUCUGCGCGGUCGCGAAGACCUGUCCGACGUCACAAUUCACUGCGGCUCAUAUUCGCACAGAGCGCAUCACUUUGUGUGCUGUCUACACUCGCCCGUUCUUGACAAGCUUUGCGCAGAGGCAAAAGCAACGGCUGAAGCAGAGGCUAAAGCGAAGGCAGAGGCGAAGGCAGAAACGAUUGCAGAUGCGAAUACAGCGGCAGAAGCAGAGCACUCAAGUCCUCCCGAGAUCACGCUCGAUGUCGACAUGUAUGGCGAGGACAGCGUGGAGCGUAUGAUCUCUUUCCUGUACACCUGCGAUUACGAGGAGAAAUUUGAUUACGAUGAAUGGGAAGAUCCAGAGCUGCGAAUGUGUGUACACGCACGAAUGUCCUUCCUUGCCCACCACAUGGCGAUGGAUGCUCUGAAGGCGCUUGCUAUGGAGAAGUUCGAGGUACACGGAAUCAUUGAAACUCAUCGGAAUGUAGGUGACUGA